AUGGUGAUUGAUUACAGGGAUGUGAAUAAAAAGACCGUUAAAGACAGUUAUCAGAUAGCUCAGGUGAGAGUUCUCAUCAACAGGCUUAAAGGAGCAAAGUUCUUCUCCAAGUUUGAUGCAAAAUCAGGCUUUUGGCAGGUGAAAAUACAACCUGAGUCCAUUGCUUUGACAGCCUUUGGAACUCCUCAAGGGCAUUAUAAAUGGUUAGUUAUGCCAUUUGGUCUUAAGCAAGCCUCGUCUAUUUUCCAAAAGAAAAUGGAUAAUAUCUUCAAACCAUAUUCAGAUUUUUGUAUAGUUUAUAUAGACGACAUUCUUGUCUUCUCUAGAACUAUGAAUGAACAUCUAAAGCACCUGGAACAGGUGUGUAAACUUAUUGUCCAAAAGGGAAUCAUCCUUGGACAAAAGAAGAUUCACCUUAUAAAAGGAGAAAUUGAUUUCCUUGGCAUUUAUGUCAAGGAUGGAGAGAUUCGUCUCCAAGAGCACAUAGUUAAGAAAAUCAGCCAAUUUCCUGACAAUAUCCCUGAUGCAAAAUCUUUACAAAGAUUUUUGGGAGUUGUUAAUUUUGCGAGAGACUUUAUUCCUCAAGUUAGUAGUCUCACUGCACUUCUCUCUCCAAAAACAAGCUCUAAAAAGAAAUGGUCUUUCACAAAAGAUGACAGUGACAAGAAUUAUUUGCCUGACGCUGUUACAAGAGAAAUGAAGAUGUUUGAAAGAGAAGGUCGUAAUCCAAGAAACCGGAAACCGGUAUCAGAGGAGAAGAAGAUUUGGGAAAGAUAUAAGAACGGUGAUAAAACCAUAGGACCUCUCAAUGACGGACCAGGUUAUCAAUAUAUUGUUUCUUAUGGAGCUGCUGAGUCAAGCCAGCUUUCGGAAAGAAUUAAGCCAAGACUAGAUCAAGGAUGGGAUGAGUUGGAAAACAAAUCAAUGGCACCACAAGUAACAGUUUUCUUCCACAAGCUCCCAGCAACUGCUGCUCACCCAAGCCAAACAGGUCAUCGAAUGACAUUUGUGAUUGGCCAUGUUCCUAUCACUUCUGCAAAGGCAAAGCUUGAAGCAAAACAAGUCAAGCUAGUUGUAAGCGCUGUGAAGACUCAGACUUUCAAAGCUGUCUCCAAAAAUGCUUUGAGAAAUCAGAGGAAGAGGGUUGCAAGAGGUCCAAUUACCCGCAACAUGGCUAAAAGGAUUGCAAGGUCUAGGGAGGCCGAGAGGAUCUAA